AUGGGCGCCGGGAGCUCCACCGAGCAGCGGAGCCCGGAGCAGCCGGAGGCGGGGAGCGCGACGCCCGCCGAGCCCGAGCCCAGCGGCGGCGGCUCUGCGGCGGAGGCGGCGCCCGGCACGCCGGGAGACCCGGCCAUCGCCCCUGCGGACCCCGCCACCAAGCUCCUGCAGAAGAAUGGCCAGCUGUCCACCGUCAACAGCUUAGCUGAGCAAGACGAACUCGGCCUCCAGGAGGAAGCCCUGAUUGGCCAAGAGGAGGAAGUGACUGCCACAGAUGUUGGACAAAGAGAAUCUGAAGAUGUGAGUGAAAGGGACUCAGACAAAGAGAUGGCUGCUAACUCAGCGGUGGUUCAGGACAUCACGAAGGAGGGAAAGGAGGAAAUACCUGAGAUGAUGGAACCGAUCCCUGCCUCGGAAAGCAGCGUGGAUGAGCUGAUGCAACCCCCUGAGCCCCAGGCUAAUGACGUGGGAUUUAAGAAGGUGUUCAAGUUUGUCGGCUUCAAAUUCACCGUGAAAAAGGAUAAGACCGAGAAGUCUGACAGCGUGCAGCUCCUCACCGUCAAGAAGGAUGAAAGUGAAGGGGCAGGUGAGUCCGACGGGGCUGGCGACCACCCGGAGCCCAGCCGCGAGCCGGGGGAUGCGACACCCAAAGACGGUGAGCUGAAACAGUCCACCGAGAAACCCGAAGAGGCGCCCCGACGUGAGCAGAGCUCCACGGAAAUCUCCCUUCAGACCGAGUCUGGUCAAGCAGCUGAGGAAGGCAAAGAUGAAGGAGAAGAGAAACAAGAGAAGGAACCCGCCAGACCUGCAGACUCCCCGACUAGUCCCGUGGCCAGCGAAACCGCCUCGCCCUUCAGAAAAUUCUUCACUCAAGGCUGGGCCGGCUGGCGCAAAAAGACCAGCUUCAGGAAGCCCCGGGAGGAGGAGCUGGAGGCUUCCGAGAAGAAAAAGGAACAGGAGCCAGAAAAAGCCGAAGAAAAUGAGAAGAUGGAAGAGUCCUGCGAGCAGCCACCUGCCCAGGAGGCUCCCGAGAGCACCCAGGAUGCCAGGCUGUCAGCCGAGUAUGAAAAAGUGGAGCUGCCCCCUGAAGACCAAGUGCAGGCACCUCCUGAAGAGAAACCAGCCCCGUUAGCAACUGAAGUGUUUGAUGAAAAGGUCGAGAUUGUCGCCGAAGUCCACGUUAGCACUGUAGAGAAGGACCAGGAAGAGCCGAAAACCGAAGCGGAAGAAACAGUGGAGCUCUCGCCGCCCGAAAAGUCGAGCGAGACGAGCACCGACCUUCCAGAAGCCGAGUCGGCCGAGAUGCUGAAGACGGAGGAAGAUGCGGGCGCCCUGAGCCGGGAGCACUCCCAGGCAACCGAGCUCAGCGGGGAGGCAAAAUCGCCGUCCACGCCCCCCGAGGGCACCGUGAGGGAGGCCGAAAUGCUGUCCUCGCAGGAGAGAAUUAGGGUGCAGGGAAGCCCUUUGAAGAAACUGUUCACGAGCACCGGCUUGAAAAAGCUCUCUGGAAAGAAACAGAAAGGGAAACGAGGCGGCGACGAGGAGUCCGGGGAGCAGCCCCCAGCCUCCGUGGAUUCUCCCGACAGUCCAGACGAACCGAAGGGCGGCGAGAGCUCAGCCUCGUCUCCAGAAGAGCCCGAGGAGAUUACCUGUCUGGAGAAAGAGGUGGCCGAGGCCCCGGGCCAGGAGGGGGAGGUGGAAGAAGGGACCACUUCCGACGGGGAGAAGAAGAGGGAAGGUGGUGUCACCCCCUGGGCGUCUUUCAAAAAGAUGGUGACGCCCAAGAAACGCGUGCGAAGGCUCUCUGAAAGCGAUAAGGAGGACGAGGCAGACAAAGUCAAAAGCGCCACCCUGUCCUCCACGGAGAGCGCGGCCUCUGAAGUGCAGGAAGAGGCCAAAGGGAACGGAGAGGAGCCUAAGCCCGAGGAGCCCAAACGCAAGGUCGACACCUCCGUGUCCUGGGAAGCCCUGAUUUGCGUGGGGUCAUCCAAGAAGAGAGCCAGAAAAGCAUCCUCCUCCGAUGAUGAAGCAGGGCCGAAACCUCUCGGAGGGGACAGCCAGAGAGCAGAGGAGGCUGGGAAGGACAAGGAGCCGGGCCCGGAGGCGGCCGCUGCCGGUUCCCAGGACCACGAGCAACCGCCAGGAAGCUCCUCACCCGAGCCGGCCGGCAGCCCGUCCGAAGGGGAGGGCGUCUCCACCUGGGAGACCUUUAAAAGACUGGUCACCUCGAGAAAAAAAUCGAAGUCAAAACUGGAAGAGAGAAGUGAAGACUCUGUAGCUGGGUCUGGCGCAGAACAUGCAGCCUCAGAGGCUGAGCCUGGGAAAGAAGAGUCCUGGGUUUCCAUCCGGAAGUUUAUUCCCGGGCGAAGGAAGAAAAGGCCAGAUGGGAAGCAGGAGCCAGCUGCCGUCGAAGAGGCGGGGCCAGCGGAGGCCAAUGAGGACGAUGCGGACAUCCCAGCCGUGGUCCCUCUGUCUGAAUACGACGCGGUGGAAAGAGAGAAAACCGAAGUCCAGCAAGCCCCCAAGAGCCAGGAGGGACCCGAGCAGAAGCAGGUGGAUGUCGACGUGUCAGAGGAGCUCAGUAAGAGCCUGGUUCACACCGUGUCGGUGGCUGUCGUGGACGGGACAAGGGCCAUUACCAACAUCGAAGAAAGGGCGCCCUCCUGGAUCUCGGCUUCGGUGAUAGAACCGCUGGAACAAGCCGAAGGCGAAGCCACACCACCAAGCGAGGAGGUGCUUGAAAGAGAAGUCGUCGCAGAGGAAACCCCCAUCGUUACCAAAGCACUGCCAGAGGUCCAGGAGGCCGGUGACGACACGAUGGCCAGCGAGGUGGAAUUAACCUCGGAAGCUGUGACAGCCGCCGAAACCACAGAGGCCUCUGGUGCGGAAGAAACCACCGACAUGGUUUCCGCUGUCUCUCAGUUAACCGACUCUCCAGACACCACCGAGGAGGCGACACCAGUGCAAGAGGUGGAGGGCGGCGUGCCUGACGCAGAGGACCAGGCGAGAAGGACCCAAGAGGUGCUGCAGGCCGUUGCAGAAAAAGUUAGAGAAGAGUCACAGCUGCCAGAUGACGCCAUCCAGAAAGGACAAGCAAAAAUCCUGGAGAAAGUGGAAGAGGCCGAGGAGGGUUCUCAGGCCCUAAAUCUGAAGGAAAUGAUGGACGUAGCAUCCAAAGUGCUUGUCCAAGGUACUGAAACUGAGACUUUGACACAGGAGAAGGUGGUUGGAGAGGCCACCGUGGAAAGCUUGGGAGAAGUUCCUCCAGGCACAGACAGUGCAGAGGCCGGGGAGCUGGCAAGCACUUGUCUGGCUGAAACCGGGACUGGGGUAGAACCAGAGACUGCCCCAGAGCAGGCUGUUGCUCCUGACUCAGCUGAAACCCUCACGGACAGUGAGACCAAUGGAAGCACCCCAGUAGCAGAUCUUGACACUUCAAAUCUAAGCCAGCCAGACAAGAUCAUGGAUGUCCGUGAAGAUGGUGAGGUUCCAGCUAGCACUCAGUCCCAGGUCCCCGAAGGCGAGGUGCCUCCUGCACUGAAAGAGCUGCCUGCAGCAUCUUCUGAUUUUCAGUCGCAGGAGCAAAGGUCUUCAAAGAUGGCAGAGGGUCUAGAACACACGGAUGAAGAGGAGGGAACAGUGGAGACUGUAGCCAUCCUUUCAAAGACUGAGGUCAUUCAAGAGACUGGCCAGUGCUCUGACGAGGAAGCCAAAGAAGAACCAUCCAUGGAAGGACUUGCCGUGUCUGCCGACACAGAAAUAACUGAGAAAAAGAUAACUGAAGUUGUCCUUGAGGAGGAUGUUACUAAGAAAGUUGAAUUUCAAGAGAAUGAAAAUAUAGAACUCCAGAGUCCUGCUAAGUUUCUUCCAACCCCAGCAGAGAGAGAGAUGGCAGUUGAAGGGAAAAGGGAGACUGUGGAAGUGGAGGCAACUGAAGGGAAUGAAGAGAAACGUGAGCACGAACCAGCUGUGGCCGUAUGUGAAGAGCUCAGUAAGCAACUGGUUCAGACAGUGAACGUCACCAUCAUCGACGGGGAAAAGGAAGUCGUCAGUUUUGAAGGAAGUUCUCCCCUGCUGGCUUCCGAGGAAGAGGCAUGCACGGGAAUCUCAGUUCAAAGCUCUGAGGCAGCAUUAACUCUGAUAGCUGCAGCCGUGGAGGAGAAGGUCUUAGGAGAAGCUAUCAAGAUUGUAGAAACAACCGAGGCUUUGAAAUCUGCAGAAGCUCAUCUAGUACUGGAAGAAGAGUCCUCAGAAAAAGAUGAAGAGUUUCCUGCCCAGCCUGGGGAAGAAGAUGUGGCAUCCAUAGGGACUGAGUCUCAAGCAGAAUCAAUACCGACGAUAGUAUCUAUUACGCCUGGAAAAGGCAUCAGCGCUGACCUGGAAGGAGACGAAACCGUGUCACAGAAACGGGAGUUGGGUGGAGACGGCAAGCAGGCUGGUGGUCAGGAAGGCAGAGAGAGCAACGCAGGAGAGGAAGACGGCAAGGCGGAAAGUGAGAUUUUGAAACUUGAGAAGGAGAGCUGCAGACUUGUACAGAGCGUGAUUCAGACAGCCGUUGACCGUUUGGGGAGUACUGAAGAAAUGGCCACCGAUGUCCAGACCCAGGCUGAACUGGCAGAAGUCGACAGCCAGGAAGCUGGGCAGAAAACGGAGAAAGAAGAAAGUGAACCUCAGGCCUGCCCGGUGGACGAAACACAAGCCGUAGAAGCCAAAGAUGAGUCCCCACUAAGCACUGGGGAACACGCGCAUCUCAGCGUUUGCAAAGAUGCGAUUGAAGCUUCAAAGAAGGUGGCGGCCACUAGCAUAGAAGGUUCCAGGGUAGAAGACCAGCGGCUUGAAGAGGUAGCUCUCCCUUCCCAGAAAAAGAGAGAAAUCCCUGAAACAGAGUCUGUGCUGAAAGAUGACGGCAAUGCCGGGUUUGGAGAAAGAAAGAAGUCACCAUUUGAAUCCCGAGAAGAUGAAAAAGGUGAUGCUGCCGGUGACCCUGGAAACCAAACCUCAACCCCAGAGGAUGCUGAGGCCUCGGGAGGCUCGACCAAAGAGUCCCUAGAUACAAAUGGACCCAAACUAAAAGAGAAGGGAGACAGCCAGGAGGAAAAAGUGCAGAGCGAGUCAGAAAAAGAGAUGAAAAUACAAACACAGGAGGAGACACAGAACCAAGAGAGAGAUCUGGCGAAACCCAAGCCCACGGAAUCCUAAAACAUCACUUACAAUUGUGUACUUGCAAGACCAGAAUGUGAAGACAAGUAGGGGAAGAAAUGGAAUGCUGCUGACGAGACCUUUGGAAACAGAAGAACAAACAUGUCAACUGCUCAUUUCCCGAGAAUCCCUGACAAUCCUGAGGCUUCAUCGGGAGCUAUAGCCAGAUAACACUUCCUCUCGUCAAGACCACACUGACAUUUUCCCUCGGUACCAUAUACUGUUUCUGAUUCAAGGUCCUCAGUUCUUAGCCCGGAACUGGAUUUGGCAAUUCUUGGUUCUGCUUCUCAAACUGGAGUAUCAUUCUUUAUGUAUUUAUAUGUAUGAUUCAAGUAACCCUCCUUCUGUAUCUAUUGUAUAGUUUUUUUUUUUCUUAACAUCUAAGGAAAUGUACAGCGUAGUGCAAUUCCUUUUGUAUCUAUCCCUUAUUAUACGACGGGGCAUGCGGCCACGGUGAAGUCUCGGGAAGCUUUCUGCUGCCUCAGUUACAGCCUUUGAAAACAGCUCUCUAGAAAUAACAUUCCUGAUCAGAAGCUCCACCUCUUUUAAAAUUCACUAAGGAUUAGGUUCCAUGUUCAGUAUCACUCUGAAAUAGGUCACUUUCCUAUUAUGCAUAGUAUGCUAAAAAUAAAAGGUGUUUUUCUUUUUUUUUUAUUUUUGCGGGGGUUUUGGGGGAGACAUACAGAAUGUCCCAUUGUUACUGGGAAAUUUUUCUUCCUAGCCCCUGGGUGGAGGUUGGAAGGAAGUUUUUUUCAGGAGCAGAUUAAGUCGGAGUCUUUUCUCCUAAUUGUUACGGUUGUUUGGACGGAUGCGUGUACUUUCAUUUUGAGGCAAAGUAGUGAAAUGUUUUCAUAUUAGCAAGAAAAGAAUUGACUGCUUUUGAGUCGACCUUACAUGCUGGACCCCCAUUCACACACAGCACGAAAUAAGUCAGAGUCUUUACAAAUGGUAUUUUGAUAGAUGCUGGAUUGUUAUCUGUGCCAUAUUUGUGCCCACUCUUUUAAGAACAAUGUAGCAUUAUGUUCGUUUGGAUAAAUUGUGAUUUAACAACUGAUUUCAAUAAAACAUUUGCUUCACUUAGAUUUGCUGGAUUUCUUAGAUAAUAGGAAGCCUGAGCCCUAUGUUUACUGCAUCCGAAAAGCAGAGAAGCUAGAACUUUCUAUUGUCACUACAGGGUCACUGCUUUACGUCGGUUUAAGUUUCAGAUUAGGAGAAGUCAAGUCAAGGGCAGAGAGGCCUCCGCUGAAAUAAACCAGGAGCUUUUCAGAUUGAAGGUACUGAAACAAUGCUACCAUCUGGUGGUGCUUCCUGAAAAAGUUAGUUUUCUUUGUUAAUACGUGUUAAUGACAAAUGUCUCUAGAAAGACAUUUUAAGUCUUAGCAGUAAGAAUGCCUUUCCUAACAGGAAUCUUGGAAAAAAUUCUUUAAGUGUCAAAAUGAUUUCUAGUUCUUGCUAAUAUACAAAAGAUUCUGUCAGACAAUUGCUACACACACAGGACCAUCCCCUAUCUACUGGAGAGUUUCUACUUUUUCAUGGGUAGAGAACCGGUCUGGUGUAUACACUUCUUAAAUUUUACGUAAACUCAGUACUCCAGUUUGAGAACUUAAAUUUCAACUGCCGAUUAAAUUAUUUUAAAGCAUAACACUCAAGCAAAACUAGAAUAGUCCUUUUUUUUUUUUUUUAGCCAAAAGACAGUUGGCUGUUAAAACUGGAAAGUAGUUUCUCAUAAACCAACAAAUCUGAUUACCAAAAAAAAAAAAAAAUUGGCCAUAUUAGAAAUAACCCCUCAUGCUAAGAGCAUAUGGCCUUGCAGUUGGAGAACAUUUAAUAUCCUUUUAGGAGUUAUUUGCACAUUUAAUAGCCACUUGUGCUUAAUUACUAAACUUUAAAAUCUCCAAAUUGAAAAACACCCUCUGAUCUGAAGAUCUUUCUUUUGCCAGCUUG